AUGCGCCUUCUGCUCGCCGACACAGAAGAUACUGUUUACAUGGGUUCCGGUGAGACAGACCUGCUAAAUAACCUGGCCAUCACGGUCAUCGAGGACCGCGCUGCCUUGGAUGGGGCCACGGCUGCUGCUGUCCGUGAGAAUUUUCGGGCAUGGGCUGCGACCGCGCCGCAGCGCGAACAGGGGGUGAACAGCCGCAUCCAACCGGUCCCGCCGAGACUGGGGAUUUCUUCGCAGCGCUACAGAUACUGUCUGCAAGUGGGACGAGAGGAAUUGGAGUCGGUUCUCCGGUACGCACAGAGCGGCCCGUUGGAUUCUAGUUUCGUGCGCCUUGUUGACACGUACUGGGAACCAUUCGUUGACCCCGCGCUUGAUUUGGAGGAAGAACAUCAGCGGCUCAAGGCCGAGUCUUGA